AUGCCGUCGAUCAAGACUCUAGCCUUGGUUCUGUUGCAAAGCCUCGUGGCAUCAUCAACCCCGAUACUCCAGUCCAGAGCGUCGUCCAACGACUCUACGUGCGGCGGAUCAUGGUCCGGGCCAAGACUCACCCUCGGCGAAGUCAUGGAAAACUGGAUCAAGGUCUGGCAAGGCGACCACUCGGAUGAGCUCGUGUCCCGCACAAUGGUCCCAAACGUCAGCUUGAUCACCGACUAUCGCCUCGAGCAGAACAUUCCCAACGAGCCCACCGUCAUGGUACGCGUGGAUGUCCACGACUCUCAGGCGUUGCUCAAGUGGAUGCUGGACGUGGGCGACGGCGCGAGCUUCAUCUACAGCUUGAUCUUUGCGGAUCCAGAGGGGAAGAAGUUGGUCGCGAGGUGGACACUGCUUUCGACUCUGACAGCCGACACACCUGUGAAGAACAAAGGAGAUGAGGUCAGGAUGAACGGAACGGACAUCAUCGAGGUCGAUGAUUGCUCGGGUCGAAUUGCGCAGAUCUUGACGUCGCAGGAUAUCUUCACUUAUGCGUAUCAGAUGGGCAUUGACGUCGCCACCACGGACUUGGUGUCGAGGUAA